UUUUCAUAGAUGCAGUGGAUAUCAAUACCUUCAACAUCAGAAUCAAACUCACCUAACUACCAAAGCCAGGGAUUGCUGAAUCCGCACAGUGGAAACCACGGUGGGAGUGCCAGUUAUUCUUUCACGACGGACUUCCGACAAUCGAAUCAGAACACGGUGGAGCAAGGAUUCAGUAUAUACACGAAUCCUCUCGGAAGUGGCUGCGGGAGCAACAGAGCCGGGAGUUGUGCCGACGGUGCGGAAGGAGGGUCUGGACACAGAGAGGAAAAGGGAGCGACGCCCAGCUACAGGCCUCUUUCACCGAUCUCACCUCUGUCACCGUCGAACCUAAGCAGUUCGAUGCCGAACCAUCUGAAGAGUGUUAGCAAUUACUGUAUAACCAUAUCGCCUCAUAACACAAUGUCACCGACAUUAGAGGCCCCGACGUCACCGUCCUCAAACAUGAGGAAGCAGCACGGGCAUGAGCAAGAGGACGAGCUCGGCGUGAAACGAGGCCAGCAUGAGCACACGCACAUGGAACAAGGGUUGCAGUUGUCCUCGAUCCACCACGAUUGCUCCAACAACGAGAGCGGCGGAGAUCGGCCAAAUUUGUGCCGGAUUUGCGGGAAAACAUACGCCCGGCCGAGCACGCUUAAGACGCACCUUCGAACUCACAGCGGAGAAAAACCCUACCGGUGUGAAGAUUGUAACAAGUCGUUUAGUCAAGCGGCCAAUUUGACGGCCCACGUCCGGACUCACUCCGGCGAAAAGCCGUUUAAGUGUAAUAUUUGUGAUAGGCGCUUUUCGCAGUCCUCGUCUGUGACCACUCACAUGCGCACUCACUCCGGCGAGCGCCCUUAUAGGUGUAGACUUUGUAGAAAAGCUUUUUCAGAUUCGAGUACCCUCACCAAACAUUUACGUAUCCACUCGGGAGAAAAACCCUACCAGUGCAAGCUCUGUCUGCUUCGAUUUUCUCAAUCUGGAAACUUGAACCGACAUAUGAGGGUUCAUGGUCAACAUUAUGCCAUUCCCAUGUGACAUCUUGAUCCCAGCGUUCAUGCUCAUGCUCAUGCUCAUGCUCAUGCUCAUGCUCAUGCUCAUGCUCAUGCUCAUGCUCAUGCUCAUGCUCAGUUGCUCAAUCUUGGUCCUGUGAUUCGCCCUCCUAAUAUUCCAUGAAUCUCAAGUUAAGUAAACAUUCUAGAACGGUCGUCAAGAAAAACUUUAUGAGGUUUGAGGUAUCAUAGUACCUAGGGGAGAGUGGAAUUAUUUGGGCCACGGGGUUCAAUGAGUCACACGGGCUAUUUUCCUACCUAAUAGGGAUUUUUCGGUUUUGCCGGCGUGGGAAGAGGGCAAUACUAGUAUUCUACCAAAAAAAUGUGCAGUGACGUCAUCAGCAUUCUUUGUUUUUGUUUUGGAGUCGCAUUAGCUGCGGAGCCGUCUGCCGUGCAACGCAUGCAAAAACGCCGGAAACGCCAUUUUAAAUUUUUUGGAAACAAUGAUUUAUAGCAAAGAAACGUGUUUUUUACCUUGGGACAAUGUUUCUACAGAAUUCUUUCGCAAAUACUAUCAACUAUCAGAAACUUAACCUGAAAAGGACCCCGCACACCUCUUUCCCGAUGGGAAGCUGC